AUGGAUAAAUGGAUGGGUAAAGUGGCCGUCGUAACUGGCGCUUCAACUGGAAUUGGCCUAUAUACAGCAAAGUCAUUACUCGAACAUGGAAUGAUCGUAGUUGGAUUAGCCAGGCGAAAAGAUAAGAUGGAGGAAUCAAUAAAACACUUUGGUUGUGCUACAGGUCAAUUCUACGCCUUCGCUUGCGACAUAACGGAAGAAGACCAAGUUAUUGCGGUUUUCGAUGAAAUCAAAAGCAGCUUUGGAGGUGUUCAUGUUCUCGUCAAUAACGCUGGAAUGAUGUCCAUUGGUCCGAUGUCAGAUCAUGACAGCAAAAUUAUUCAGCAAGUGAUCGAUGUAAAUAUUAAGGGAUUGCUGUUUUGCACGAGACAAGCUGUCCAUAUCAUGAAACACGAGAACGAAGGACAUAUUAUUCACGUUGGCAGUUCCUUGGGUCAUAAGGUUUUGAACGUCAAGGGCCUGUUUUUUAAUGUUUACCCAGCGACCAAAUUUGCGGUUCGCGCCCUUGCCGAGACUUUACAGAAUGAAAUAAGCGACACGAAAAUUCGCGUCACGCACGUAAGCCCUGGCGUUGUGAAAACGGAUUUUUUCCAAGUUGCUGGGGUAAGCUCAGCUUUUCUCGAGCAUAACGCUGCUCUGAAUUCGGAAGAUGUGGCAGAAGCUAUUAUUUUCGCCUUGAGCAGAAAGCCAUACGUUCACAUUCAGGAAUUAACCGUGCGUCAUUUAGACGAUCAUUACAGAUGAAAAUGCAUUACGCAAACGUGCUUCAACUACUGGGCAUUUUUUUCAAUUUUUUGAAAAAAAAUUUAAUGACAUCUGAAUAAAUGAAUCCAAUUUACCCGAA